UACAAGUCACAAACAAAUCGCUUUUCUUCAGACUAAGUUGAGAAGAAUGGAACAAGACUUGCAUUUGCAUGUUAACGCGCCAAAAUAUGCGUCUUAAAUGGUAGAGCGUGUACCUGAUAACACGCAAUUUUAUUGACGAAAUCUAGAUAUUAACAUGCAUACGGAGUUAUUUGCGCAAAUACAGCGAUGUAACCGUAAACGGGCCCGUACCGGAUCUCCACUGCCCAGCUGUGGCGUCACCUGGAAGUAGUCAAGCUGGGCGGGAUGACCGGAACAACAAGAUGGUGGAGAAUGAGGAGUUUCGGCAGGAGUCAGUCCUGUAACACAGACUUCAGCCUGUUGACCGAUGAAACAGCCGCGUGGCCCGACGUCAAAACCAGCAUGAAUCUCCAGCAGCCGGCCCCCCUCAUUCCCCCUGUUCACCCGGAUGUGCAGAUGAAGCCCCUCCCCUUCUACGAUGUGCUGGACGUCCUGAUCAAGCCUUCGAGUCUCGGAGCGAGCACUGCACAGAGGUACCACCAAGAAAAAUAUUUCAUCUUUGCGUUGACGCCACAGCAGGUUCGAGAAGUCUGCAUAUCCAGGGACUUUCUACCAGGGGGUAGGAGGGACUAUAUGGUUCAGAUUCAGCUGAGGUUUUGUUUGUCAGAGACGAGUUGCCCUCAGGAGGAUAAUUACCCCAACAGUCUGUGUAUUAAGGUCAAUGGGAAACUUUUCCCUUUGCCAGGUUACGCACCACCACCCAAAAACGGUGUGGAACAGAAGAGACCAGGAAGACCGCUGAACAUCACCUCCCUCGUCAGACUCUCAUCCGCCGUACCCAAUCAGAUUUCAGUGACGUGGGCACCUGAGAUCGGAAAAACCUACUCCAUGUCUGUGUACUUGGUGAGGCAGCUGACGUCACCACUACUGCUGCAGAGGCUGAGGAUGAAGGGCAUCAGGAACCCUGACCACUCCAGAGCACUAAUUAAAGAGAAGCUGACAGCAGAUCCUGACAGCGAGAUCGCAACAACGAGCCUCAGAGUCUCACUAAUGUGUCCGCUUGGUAAGAUGCGUCUGACGGUGCCGUGCCGGGCGGUGACCUGCUCUCACCUGCAGUGUUUUGACGCCGCCCUCUACCUGCAGAUGAAUGAGAAGAAACCCACCUGGAUCUGUCCUGUGUGUGACAAGAAGGCUGCGUACGAGAGUCUCAUCAUUGACGGUUUGUUCCUGGAGAUCCUGAACGACUGCUCAGAUGUGGAUGAAAUCAAGUUUCAGGAGGAUGGAACCUGGUGCCCCAUGAGACCAAAGAAAGAGGCAGUCAAGGUCCCGUCUCAGUUAGUUCCUAAAGUGGAGACUCCUCUGCGCCAGCUGUCAGUGGUCCCUCACUCUACUGAGCCCAGCUCCACCAAGAAGGCUGAUGUGAUAGAUCUCACUCUGGAGAGCUCCUCCUCCUCUGACGAUGAAGAGGACUCAGACCCUCCACUGAAGAAACGCUGUGUUUACAUUACCAAGAGCGAGGAGAUGCAUGCAAAGGGAGUGUUGACCUACCAGCCCACCGUGCGCAUGCCGAACAUCCAGUCCCUGGACCCGUCGUAUCUGACCUCUACGCUCGCUGACUAUGCAGUCCCCUUCCACCCCUCCACCCUGGCCUCCAUCCCCACAGACAUGCAGAGUCUGGAUUUGUUUUCAUUAAUCCAAGCAGAUCCUCAGCAUUACCGGCCUCAGAUGUUCCUGGACAACCUGACCAGCAGCAUGCAGAGCGCAGCCGCAGCCAGCACCAGCUCCGCCCUGGUCUCCUCCAGCAGCCACUACGACACCAGCUCCCACAGCGCCAGCUCCAUCCACGAAACCCGGGUCAUCACAGGAGGAGGGGGGGGCGCUGGAGGCGGGGCGGACAGUGGCAUCUCAGACAUCAUUUCUCUAGACUGAGCCACGUCUCUCUGGACCUUUUCAGGCCUGGUUUUUGUGGCCUUUUUUUAAAAAAAAAUCCAGACUACAUGUACAUGACGAGUUUUACAUGGAAGCAUCCAAAUUGGUAUAAAUGAGCUCUUUGAUGACCUGAACGGUUUCCGCAGGCGUGUCUGUCGUCGUCCUCUGGUGUUUCGUCCUGUGGGAGGAUGGUGAAUGGUUUUGGUGACCGAGACAGACAAUUUCCCAAAGGUGUGUCAGUGAAGUUCUCCAAUCUUUAAUCACAUUACAUCAAUACAAAGGUUUAGUCCAACACCCCUAGGGUUUUACUUCUGGUCUGUAUCGCUUCACCUGUCACUCACUGACGUCGGGCAGGGAGUGUACACUGAGUGGAAUCAGAGGAAGACCUCUCACAUGACAUGUCUGUGUUCAUAUCAGAAAUGUUGCCUUAACCAGUAUGCAGUUUCUUUGUGUUUCACCGUACAGUUUUACAGUGACUGUAUAGCUGGUCCUCUGACGUCCAUACAUCAAUACAGAUACAAUACUUAAAUAACCCAUCGUCAGCUCUGCAGAGGUCUGAGGUUUUCCUGACACUCUCUUCACACGUUGGAAACACGUAGGACAUUGGAAUCUUCAUUUAUACCAAUUUGUUCGCCUGCACAUGUGAAUCUGACUUCAGCGCGUUCAGGCAUGGUCGACCUGACCUGUGCCUCAUCGUCACAGAGCAGAGUCAGGCUGAGGGGAGGAAGAGCUCGGACUGACAGCAUCCUUGCAUGUGACUCACUGGUUGGAUGGAGGAGCCCCUCCCCCCCCCUGUGGACUGAUGAACAGACUGUUGACUGUGGGGGUGUCUGACCCCCCUCACUCAGCGUGGGCGGGGCUGUCUCUGUCUGUGUCACUGUACCUGCUCCAGCUUUGCCUUUCAUUUACACUGACAGGAACAAGGAGGGCAGGUCAGUAACUCAUGUUUUGAUUGGCCCUCACAGAUGUCAUUCAGAACCUCGAUCGGGGUUGUUACAGGGCAGCUUCUCUGUCACACAAAUGUAAAGUUUGUUCCUUUGUUCCGCUGUAAUUUAGUCAGAGCAAUAAUAAUUUAACUAGUGUUAGUUAAUAAAGUUGUAAAUGUAGUUCAGCUACUGGUCCACACCACUCUGCCUCCUCCUGUCUGUCCUCCAUUUCUCUGCUUGUUUGAUGCACUCACCUGCUUCCUCUCUGAGUCACAUGUUCAGAUAUCAGUCUGUACGGAGCUGGAGUCAGGAUGUGGUUAGCCUAGCUUAGCAUAAAGACUGGAAGCAGAGGGAAACAGUUAGCCUAAGUUCACAGAUACACCUACCAACAUCUAACACUCAGUGAUGAACAUGUUUAAUGUCAUCAGAUCUGUCAGAGCCACGGCUAGCUGUUUCCCUCUGCUUCAAGUCUUUAUGCUAAGCUAGGCUAACCAGGUUCCUGACUCCAUCUUCUCAAGUCAGUAAGUCUGUUUCCAAAAGUAUUGAACUGUUCCUUUAAAUUUUCUCACAGACAGUUUGAGACAGUUCAGAGGAUUUUACAGUGUUCGGUUCAUUUUGUUCCUGUCACUUCUCUGACCUCUGACCUCUCUGCUCUCUGUGGCUCAUGCUGUGUGUUGAUGACACUUUGUGUUGGUGAUGGACGUGAACAUUUGUUAACACCAUCAUCAUCAUCAUCAUCAUAAUCAUAAUCAUCAUCAUCAUCAUCAUCAUUAUUAUUCUUCACCGUUCUUCAUGUUGCAGCUACUGUGUCAAAGCUCUCGAUCUCAGGGACCCACACUCCUCUGUUCUCACUCACUACAGACGCUGAUGUAAAGGCCAGGCUGGUUUCUGUUUUUUCAAACAUCAUGUUGAUAUUUAUGAGUUUACAUGUUGAUAAGGCACCCAAAUUACAAAAAGAAUUAUGUGGUUAUGAGGAUGGUUUUACCACAGAUUUAGUCUAUGGAUUAAAAUGCAGACUCAGUUUCCCUGUUACUCUGACUCUUUAGUAGAAUUACAAUAGAAACAUCUGAAAAACUCACUGUUCAUUGUUUUGGACUGAAGACACAAAUCAGUGUCUCAAAAUCUGGACAAAUAAAACCAAAGUAUCAGCAUGAAGACGAGUCAGUGGUGGGUGAGAAAAUAUGUUUUUAUAAUGUUGGUGAACCUUUAACAUAAAGUAAAAUAAAGUUCAACACAGCAGCUUCACUCAUGAGAGCAGAGAGUUUGAGGAGGUCAGUGUCUGUGACUUUACCUCUGUCUCUCCACCUGCACGCCGAUGUAGGUGAUGUGGAUCCGCGGGGUCUCGUGCCAUCGUUCGUUGUUUUGUUUGUUUUUUUACUCUUCAUACUUUGUAAACAGAAUCCAGAUCAGCUGGAGGUUUCUCUUUGACACCGUGUUAACAGACUCAUGUUGUUCACCAGGUUCAUUACAAUCGGCUCAGUACAGACUCGUCUGUUUUCCUGUAUCUGUGAACUUGAAGCAGUUUGAAUUGUGUUUCCAUGUGUGGGCGUUUUUUAUUAUUAAAAGUUUUUCUUUCUUUUUUUUUUAUUCAGUUAAACUCUAUCGCUCUUCAA